GAAACUUUCACAAAAAAAAACAACUGGUUAAUGCAGUCAGAUUAGGACUGCAGCGUUCAGCCUCAAGAUGAAAGUCAGAAACACUUGGAUAUUCUUCUUCUUCUUUUUCCUUGCUCUGCAGGAUGGAAACACUGGUCUUGUUAAUGGAAGAAUCUAUACAGGAAAAGAAGGAGGAAACAUCACAGUUGGAUGUUCAUUUACAUUUUCUGGAGGCAGGAGGUUGUUCUGUAGGAAUAAAUGUGAAGAAGGAAACAUUCUCAUUGACACAACUGAGGACAAAGCUCAGAGAGACAGAUACAGCAUUAAAUAUAUAAACACAGGUGUCCUAUCGAACACUCUGUAUGUGAGCAUCACACAGCUGAACAAGUCUGACUCAGGAUGGUACAGGUGUUCUUUGGAGAGGUCUUUCAGUCCAGAUUCAUCUGAGGAUUUUGAGAUCACUGUCACAGAAGCAUUUCUCUCAUCAGUCUCCAGUUCACCAAAACCAACAUCAUCAUCAUCCUCCUCCUCUGGAGCCACAGGGCAGCAUGAGGCAUCACCUACAGGUUCAGAUCUGAUCCUUUACGUGGCUCUGACUCUAGUCUUCAUGAUCAUCAUAUUAUCUGUGGCUUUGAUGAUUUUCUGUAAGUGGAGGAGGACCACGAAACCAAAAGCAUGUUUUUCAGGGUCUCCCAUAGAAUCAGUCCACACUGACGUCACAAGGACCGACCAGCUGUAUGAGGAGAUCAGAGAGGACAAACGGAGCAGUUCACCUCCUGAGGGAAUAUCUACAGUCUACACCUGCGCUAAAUACGUCAAACCAAACGGAGCUGAAAGCUCAGAUGACUACAGCCUCAUCCAGAGUCCUCAGGAGAGAGUCAGUAGAACUGUGGAUGAAGACGACUCCAGUAAACUCAAUUACUCUGAAGUGGAUUUUUCCAACGUUGCUGUCAAGUCACACAACAGUGCACUGGUUGAUAAUGUAAUUUACUCUGCACCUCAGACAGAGACCAACUCUACCAACCACGCCAUGGGUGCUUCACCUCCUCUGUACUCCACUCUACAGCAGUAGUGCUGUUAUCUCAGUGGUCAACAGGUCAACUCAUUUCACACAAAAGUCACUUUUUAUCUGUGGUGAGGACUCCUGAACAGUUAGCUUCAGGUUCAAGCUGUUUUAUUGAGGCUUUUAGUUUAGAUUAAGGAUCAUUCUGCUUAUUUCUAACUUUCCCGUUAAUAGAACUACAACUGGCUCCUGAUAAUUGUUUACACAAUAACAGGGACAUAACAGAGUAUAUUGGUCCAAACCAGGGGGUCAGUCUAACCAGACUAAAGCCAGCAUGUCAUUGGUUUAAUACUCAGAUCAGUAGAGACACAGUCGAUACAUUAAUGGUAAAUAUGCCAGAUUGAAAUAAACUGUAAUAUUUUAGUUACCUGCUGUUGUAGUUGGUCAUUUUAGUUAAGCUAAAUGUUUUUAUUCAGAGGUAUUGUAAAGUGCUUUGGACAAAUAUUCAAAGAUUUCUUUGUGUUAUCGUGUUCGUUAUUCUGGAUGAUCCAAGGAUGUUGCAGUGUAAUUUUAAAGUCUGUGAUGUGCUAAAAAGAAGAUACAUGAAUAAGAUUCAUGCUGAAUGACUUUGACGUCAUGUUUGAUCAUAAGGUUGUAUUGAUUAUGAUAGUUUGAUCAUGUUUGAUUGUAGGUUUAUGAUUGAAUUACAAUGAUAUGUCCGAUCAUAAUGUCAUUAGCUUGAUUACAACAUGAUGUUUGAUAUGAUGGGUCUUCACCAGGCAGAACACAAAGGGAGAGCACUGGAACCAAAAGCAUAUCUACUGUAUUCCUCACAAGAGCACAUGUGUAUGUAGGAGAUAGUUGUGCUUAUCACACUUGGUAAAGUUAUUUUAAAGAAUAAUGAGCUUAAGAGUGGACUAGAAGAUAAGGGAGUAAAAUGGACGGGAGUAACUUUGUGAAAUUGGGAGCCUAGGGAAAUUUCAAAUCUACUGAUGUAACUGCAGGUGUUUGAAUCUGAGGGAAAAAAUAGAAAAGGUAUUUGGAGUAGAUCACGAUGCUCCAGAGCCAUGUGGCACAUCUGGCAUCUAACGCCACAUGGCUCAUCAACAGUGAUGAAGACAAUUUCUAAGGGUAUGACUGGUUAAAAUAAGGGGCUGGUGAGGAUUUGCCCCAUGUAGGGGAUGGACAAGGGUGUAACUUGUGACGUCCAAAAGGUAUAAAAGAUGAGGACAGCAGCCCUCGCACCUUAGAGUGGGGUCGUAGUGACCAUUUUUUGACCUGUGAUGCUGCUUUCCUUUUUUGCCGGCAAUAAAGAUCAGUCUGAUGCUCUGGACUUAGACUCCUGAUGAUUUUUUUAAGACUCCAAAGAGAAGUCAUCUUCAGGCUGAAUUGAACAUCUUUCAAAGACUAAGUUUUACAAGGGUCUCCUGUUUCAGAAUAAUUUGAUACAACAACGUCACUGGAACAGUUUUCACUGAGAAAUGUUUUCUAAGAAAAUAAUUUAAGCUGCUGUUUGA